AGCUGGAUACGGGGAGAGUACAAGUGCUUGACCCCGAUCAACGGAUAUAUCUGUCUCGCCAGUCCCGUGCUUUGAGGAGUAGUGAUGCUCCUCCUCACUCACUCGCAUUCAGGAUUCGAUUAACUACUCCUACUGUAUCUCGAAUCCAUCCAUCCAUCCAAUCACCCACCAGUCACCCACCAUGAGGUCAGCACCGCCAGAGGUUGUCAAGAACUGGCCAAAACCGAACCAUGUCAACCCAGUCACCCGGGGGCCCGCGCUCAUGAUCGUUGAGCUAACUCUACUACCACUGGCCAUCAUUGUCGUUGUCCUGAGGAUGUGGAUACGAACUAGGUGGCUUCACAAGAGCGGAAUAGACGACUACCUCAUGUGUGCUGCCAUGAUCUUCUCCAUUGGCACUACAAUUCUGGUCAUAAUGGCCGCAGAACUGUACGGAUGGGACAAGCACGUCUAUGACUUGACCGUCGCUCAGCUCCAGAACGGCAGAAAGGCUUCCAUGGCUGGUCAGACACUCUUUGUCCUUGCGUCAAGCACCGUGAAAAUGUCGAUUCUCGCGUCGUAUUUUCGCAUUGCACCAGAGAAGUCGCUCUUCCGGAAGCUCGUCUGGGCAACCUUUGCUCUCGUGGUUGCUGCGUUCGUUGUCUUCUUGGUCGCACUGUGGGUGCAAUGCAUCCCCAUUUCCAGUUAUUGGAAGCUGAAGUCCGACCACCGUGACUGCAUCCCGGAAGGCCCGCCGCUGGUAGUACAAAGCACCCUCAACGUGGUGACGGACUUUAUGAUCUACGCUUUGCCCAUCCCUACGCUCUUCUCGCUUCGGCUUCCGUGGAGCCAACGGAUCGGUCUCGUUGUCCUUUUCUCGGUUGGUGGUGUCAUUGUUGUCGCUAGCAGCUUUCGGGCAUACUGGAUCCACUAUACACUCUUCAAGACGUACGAUGCGACGUGGGAAGGCUACCAGAUCUGGGUCUGGACUGCCGUCGAAACAAACGUUGGAGUGAUCUGUGGCUGCAUCCCAGCUCUCAAGCCAUUGCUCUUCCCAUCACGAGCAAGACACCAAGGCUCAAAGUACGCCAACGGCUCGCAGAAUAGCAGAAGGAAAGAGAAGAUUACGCCGGUGGUUGAGCAGGUCGAGAUGGACACGCGCAAGCUGACGGAUAACGAUGAGUCGCGUCCAGGGACAUCAGCUCCUGUGCAUCAGCGAUCUGCGUCGCAACGACCGAUGAGCGGAGACACGGAGAAGAGUCGGUUCGACAUGGAUAUAGAGCAGCAAAAAGCUUACAUGUACUGAUGAUUUUCCAGUACUGCUCACCUUUCUUCUUCUAUUAAUAUGCGCAUACGUUCAGCGUGCAUUGUGCUGCGUUCAAGCGCCUUGUAGCUAGUAGAUUCUUUCGGGUCACUUCUACUCCACACGUCGAUUCGUUUCAUUCGUUUCGUCUCGUCUCGUCUCGUCUCGUCUCUUUUUCUAUUGCCAAUACUCUGGGU